AUCUCUUCUAAUGGGCUUAGUGCUAACCGUGUUUUAGGCUAGUUUCCCCUUCCUCAAACGGAUCUCUAGAUGCCAAUGGCGGGUCAUAAUCUCACCAGGAAUCUCUCUCUCUCACACACCUCUGCCAUCCCUGGAUGUCUCCAUGGCAUGUCUCUGGCCUGACCUCAUGGGAGAGUUUGCUGGGAUUCGCAGGCCUCUCUCCGCACAGCCAAAACACAAAGGGCCAUUCAUGGCCCAGAGUGGCCCCAUUCAUGACCACUGAGUUAUUUGCCGGUAGAAUUCCUUAUUGUUUGGUUUCUUGCAUCUCUGAGCUCUCUCUUGACAUAAAUUACACAGAAGGUUGUUUCUUGUACUUAAAGGUACAUAAAUGUUAUGUCUUGUCUAGAGAGCGUUCCAUGGAUGGUAUAUGCAUACGCUUCCCACACCACACGUUAACCGACUUUUCACCAUUACAAUUAUAGUUCAAAUCCCCCUUUCUCACACUGACACUUGUUUACAUAAAGAGCAGCUUUUCGUAAGACCAUGACCCGUUCGUGGCGCAAGGAAAGGGCCUAGGAGGUUGUGUAGCAUGUGGUGACACUUUGUCCGGUCUUCCUCCCCAGUGGACUUGUCAUUAUCGAUACUGUUGUCAGCUGUCAGUGUUUUGAACUUGGAAUUGAACCUUUUUUUUCCUGGAUACUAUGAAGACUAUGUUCAAAGAAAAAAGUUGACAAGAACACCUGGCUGUACAGCUCUGAAAAAAACAUGUUGAUCUCUGUGGUAUCGGAGACAUUCACUUUUUUCAUAUGACACAUGGAAAGUACUUGAACUGUUUGCCAGUGGCGCUCUCCUCCUAACCAAGUAGGUAUUUACUGUGUGUGUGUGUGUGUGUGUGCACGCUUGUAUGUAAAUGUUUGAGGAACUUUGCGCACAUUCGGCUACACGCACGCACACACAUGGUAAAGCGUGUGUGUUAGUGUUGGCGCACUGUCACACUGGGAGUGUUUGUCAUUCCAGCGUCACAGGAGCUUGUUGCACAAUGGCCUCUGUUGAAAGGGCUCUGUUGUGGCCCCUUGGUGUGGGCCUACGCUGCAGCGCUGCAAUAAGAAUGACUUCAGAGUACAGAGAGCAGAGCACAGCCUCACAGGCCUGGGAGGAGAAGAAGGAGUGGAGAAAGUCCUUAGGCCUGCCCACUGUUGACCCAGAGGUUGUGCAAUGCAACUCCAUGCCUCAGUCAGACUCAGUCAGGCUCUUUGAGCUGGAUCUACAAAGGAGAGACACACAUGACAGGCUUAGCUCAGUAAAGCAAGGCAAAGCAACCGCUGGUACAAGGAGUGUAGUGGUUAGGUUAUGGUUAAAGGGGUAUGCCAGCUCCUAACAAGGAGACAGGAUGACUACUACUGGUUGGCUGGACUGCAGUAAGCAGAUGGACAGUGUCUCUGUGAGGACUGGGUGCUCUAUGGAUCUACAUGUACUUGUCCGUUAGGAGCAGCCUGCCUUCCCCCAGUCUCUGUCACAGCAUGGCCCGAAACAAAGCUUACUGGGGACAGCCACAUGGCACAAACAGCCUGUGCUUUAGCCUGGAUGCUGACGACGCGAUGGAACACAACUUGAGAGAUCAUCACCAACACCACACAGUGUCCCAGGGCUUUGACAAGAAGAUUCCCCAGCCCCACCAUCCACUGUACUCUAGCAGCCAUCCCUUGACCUCUCAGUCCACUAUGCCCCGACCUCCUGAGGGGGACCAGGUGGUCCCCUCCUUCCAGAGACUAUCAGUUUACGAGCAGGGUCCGUCUUGCGGCCCCAAGCCCCUGCCCCCUCUCCCUGACCCAGAGGAUAACUCCUCAGAUGAGGCGGCGGACAGCGAGGUGGAAUUCUUCAUCGACGAGAGGCGGCACCUACUCCCCCAGCGCUGCUCCACGAAGGCCCUGGCCCUCCACUAUGGAGCCACCGGACGACGCAGCUUCAGGGGCUGUGGCCAGGUCAACUAUGCCUACCUUGAGGGGCCCCCCGGGGCUAGCGGCUCGGCUAAGGGUGGAGCCCAAAGUGGAAUCCAGGAGCAGCAGGCCCAGUUUGGGGGACAGAGAGGGCCAGGGGCCGUGGUGGUAACGACGAGGGACAUCUCUAGCAAGCAACCCGAUCGGCCCCAAUGGUCCAAGCUGCGGCGCUCCCACUCGGGCCCUGCAAGCUCCUUCAAGGCCUCCGGCCUGCGCCAGUCGUGCCACCUUCACCUUCACCACCACCACCAUGGCAGCUACAGGGGCCACCCCCAGCUGGACAAACCUGAAGUUCCUCCCCGCAUACCCAUCCCCCCACGCCCCUCCAAGACUGCCAAUUGCCACCGUUGGUCUGUUGCCGAGGACCAAGACAAGGACAAGCCUCCCAAAGUCCCUCCCAGGGAACCGAUAGCGUCCCCUUGUGGCUCCUGUUGCACCCCUAGUCCCAAGAGCCUCCCUAUAUACGUGAAUGGGGUGAUGCCCCCUACGCAGAGUUUUGCCCCCAACCCCAAAUAUGUCAGCAAGGGCCUCCAGAGGCCACAACAGCAGCAUAGGGAGUGGUCCACUGGGCCCUUGGUGGGCCCACGCUCCCCCUGUAUCGUGCCCAUCAUAGAGGAUGGGAGGAAAGUCAGCGCCACGCACUAUUUCCUCCUACCCCGGCGGCCAUCCUACAUGGACAGGUUAGAAAGGUUCUUGAAGGAGAAGGAGGCAGACGGUGUCCAGCAACACUCCCAGCUCAGAGUGGGGUUGCCAGAAUAGGCAGAAACUCCCUGUCAUCAUAUAGAGCUUCAGCAUUGCGGGAAGCUUGAAGACUGACCCCCCCACACACUAAUGUGCAUCUUUAAUUGCACCCUAUUCCCUAUAUAGUGAAAAUAGGGUGCCAUUUCGGGACGAACCCUUAGUCAUUCAGUCUAGGGUGGUACCACUAAAACUUUUGCCACCUCACUUGAUGCAACAAACAGAAUUUUCGCAAAGAUAAACCAUAGAUGCCUGGAGGCUUCAAGUGUCAGAUCUGUACUGUCACUGCAUUCAAGCAGAAAACAGUGUAAUGGAUUGGUAUAAGGUGGUCUUUGUUGUGCUCUGUGAGUAGUGGUUUGUUAAAUGGUAUGGGUUAACUGAAGACAUGCAUGUGGAACAUUUGUUGUACAUUAUUUUGCAGUUGAAAGACCAAUCUGUUGAGGGAUUCAUUUGAAGGUAUCGGUUUACUAGACAUGUUUAGUGUUAAACUAAUCGAUCUAGGUCUAGUUGGUCCCUACUGUUCAUGGUUAUGUGUAAACUACUGUAAAAUAUUCUACUCAAUGUGGGGAAAGGUCUAUUUAUAAUAUUCCAAAUCUAGGGAGUAUGUGCCCACUAAUUAGCUGUUCACAAAUAAUAUGUAUAGAAAUCGUCCCUUUUCAGCCAGAGUCGUAUUAACUAGUCACCAAAUGGAAGAAAACCGACUGAAACAGGGAGGGACUACCUGAACUUGUCCAAUAAGAAACAUUCAUUUUUGUUUUCUGUUGGUAAAUGAUUUGCUAGUGUGUGCACUGAUGAAUAUGACCCAGUAUGACCAGAGUUGGAUGUCACAAAGAUUUCCCCCCUAAUAGGCAUCUGCCAAUAACAGAUUUUUACAGUGGAUGGCCUUGACUCAGACAUUUUAUAUUUUAUUCAUUUAGCAGAUGCUCUUAUCCAGAGCAACUUAUAGAUACAUCUUAAGAUAGCUAUGUGGGACAACCACUUAUCCCAGUAAGUAAAUGUUUCCUAAACAAAGUAGCUAUCAGCAAAGUCAGAGCUAGUAAGAGGGGAAAAGGUCAAGUGCGAAUGUUAGUUCACGAAAGGCAUUUUUUGGGUGUUGUUUUGUUGGCCUUUGCUGUACAUCAAAGUUACCCCACAAUCUAUGUGAUUACAUUAAAAGGCCCAAUGCAGCUGUUUUUAUAUCAAUAUCAAAUCAUUUCUGGGUAACAAUUAAGUACCUCACUGUGAUAGAUUUCCAUUUAAAUGGGCAAAAAUUGCUUCUUAGCGAAAAACUAUUUCUCAAGCAAGAAUUUAGCUAGGGCUGUCUGAGUGGGGAGGGGAAAAUCGAAAACUAGCUGUUAUUGGCAGAGAGGUUUGGAACUCUUUCGGAAAGCUGAAACCCACUGGGUACUGACAUCAGUUCAAUGUCUAGUUUUGAUUUACAUUUUGUUGAGUUGUCAACUAACGUGAAUUCAACGUGAAAUCAACUAAACAUUUCACUGUGUCAUGGGUUUAGGUUAAAAGGUGGGUAAAAAAAUAAAUACAAAUCCUUUACAUUGAUGACUUUAAAAACCCAAUCAGUUUUUUGAGUUGAUUCAACGUCAUCACAUUGAAUGUUUUACAAAUAACUUUGAUUCAACAGGUUUUCACCCAGUGGGAACUCCCAGCCAUGCAAACCUGCUGAUUAGAAGCUCCUGUGUAGAAUGUAUUUUCAACCAGCAACUAUCAGGAAAGAACACUGAUCACAUUUUUUUUUUUUUACUUUUACAGUGUUAGUUUCAUCAGCUGUUGUACAAUAUGAUAUAAAACACAGGGCCUUUAACAAUUUAUGGAGAUUGGGUCGCUCCUCCAUUUCGAACAGCUGGUCUGUUUUCAAGUAUUACACAAAGUGAAUGUUGUGGAUUUUUUGGUUCUAUAAAUAAGUCUCUCUCUCAUAAUUGUAUCUACUUUUUUCAUUUAACAUUAUUUAUAUUAUCAUAAUUUGGCCAAGUUUAACUCUUGAUUUCACCUCACAGUAUUUUCUUUGUAAAUGUAUUUGAAAAGUGCCUAUAUUAAAGGGAGAUAGAAUGAGGGUGUGAUAUUAGUUGUGUUGGUUACACUUCCCUAUACAGUGAUUUCCCACCCAAUGAUAACCAGGUAAAUACUAUGGAUUUAAAUCUGUACUUAAAUUGUUAUGAGUUGGUAGGGAUACUUAAUAUGAUCAAUGCAAUUAACAUGGAAUAUAA